GGCGAGGUCUGAACGGAUAAACCGGAAAUGCCCAUUUUUGGGAACGAUUCAUUGAACGAUUAGGAAUGCCAGAAACAGACCAUGGCUUCUUCCGUUGAAGUUCUUGACAUCUCACCAAAUACAUUUAACUCCAUUUUUAAAUGUGAUUUCCCUUUGUUUAUUUAAAAAAUUAAUUCCUGGAGUAUAUAUAAAUACGCAGACACAACUCGAAAACACUGCAUCAUCUUCUUCUACCUCCCUCCUCCCUCUCUAAUCUUCUAUUUUUCCCCUACUGCAGUCUGCAAGUGGGGUUAUCUUCUUCAAAAACAGGACUUUUUAUCUGGACUACUAAUCUUGGCCGGAAUUCCAAUCUGGGUUUUGCUCGUCUUGUUGGAAAGUCCCAUCUUUCUACUCAGUUUUCCGAGUUACCUUCUGAAAAACAGCAGACAUGUCUACCCUUGUAAAUCGCAGUGGUGAUGAUGAAUUCUACACUGGCAGCUCAUUAUGUUCUGCGGAUUUAGGCCUUAUCUUAUCCCUCGGUUAUACGGAUGUUUACUGCCCACCUAAGAAGCGGGCCCGACUCCCUUGUCCGUUCAUCGUUGAAGAACAUGCAAAGAAACCAUCAAUUGAAAUCCUUCCCGACGAGUGCUUGUUUGAGAUCUUUAGGCAUCUGCGUGGAAGUCGCGAAAGGAGUGCUUCUGCUUGCGUUUCCAAGCGCUGGCUCAUGCUAUUGAGUAGUCUCCGCAGUUCCGAAAUAUGCAAGGGCAGGGACCACCUAUUUGAAGAAAAAUGUUCUGAAAGAGACCACGAUGGACACCUAACAAGGUCUCUGGAAGGGGAAAAGGCUACAGAUAUUAGACUUGCCGCCAUUGCCAUUGGGACUUCGAGCCGUGGUGGACUCGGCAAGCUUUCUGUCCGAGGGAGGAACUUUACUAACACUGGUCUAUCAGCAAUUGCACGGGGUUGUCCUGACCUUAAGGCCCUCUCCCUAUGGAAUGUGCCUUCCGUUGGAGAUGAAGGUCUCAUAGAGAUCGCAAACGAAUGCCAUUCAUUGGAGAAGCUCGAUCUUUGUCAAUGUCCUGUAAUUUCUAGUAAAGGUCUAGUCGCAAUUGCCGAAAAUUGUCCUUCUCUAACUUCUUUAACGAUUGAAUCAUGCCCUAAUAUAGGGAAUGAAGGACUCCAAGCCAUUGGAAGGCACUGUACUUUAUUGCAGUCGAUAACCAUCAAGGAUUGCCCUCUUGUUGGUGAUCAGGGUGUUGCCACUCUUCUGUCAUCGAGUCCUUCCGUCCUAACAAGAGUGAAACUUCAAGGUUUAAAGAUCACAGAUUUCUCACUUGCUGUCAUCGGACAUUAUGGGAAGGCAAUCUCGUCCCUUGCUCUUGGCUCACUUCAGAACGUGAGCGAGAAAGGUUUCUGGGUAAUGGGUAAUGCUCACGGUCUGAAGGCUGUAACUUCUUUG